AACAAAUCAACAUCUAACAAGGACAGAAUGACUCUAACACUGAUAGUCCUUUGUAUCCUUUACUCUGAAGGAAUCAGUGAACAAAUUGAACAUCUCUAUCACAGAGUUGGAGAUGACGUCCCUUUACCUUGUAGAGCUACAUCCUCCUCUUUCCCAACCUCUAUUGUUAAUUGGUUGUACCAAAAAGAUAAACUUGCAAGAUUAAUAAAAGAAGUACAGAAUGGAAAAGUUGUCCAGAGUUCAUCUCGAGCUUCCAGGCUGAGUGUGAGCAGUGACUGCUCUCUGUUCAUCAGAAACAUCACUGAUCAGGAUGCUGGUUUUUAUGUCUGUCGGCUUGGGGAAACGCAUGACUUUGACGGCAAUCUGUAUCUUAAUACUUUGAGCGUUUCUUCAGAUUCACCAGAAGUUCAUCCAAGAGGAAAUGGAGAUGUCACAUUACUGUGUUCACUGAAUAGAUAUGAUAUAAGAAUUCCCUGUAAAGAGAACAGCAUCAUCUGGAGGGAUGAGAGAGGAUCUCAUCUGACUGGUGAAGUUGAUGGUUUUGAGUUUAGAGGACAAACAAACUGUGUUUCUGUUCUGACUGUGAAGCAUCAGAGUGGAAACAACAAAAGAUUCACCUGCCAGUUUAUUGAAGAUGACAACGUAAAGAUUGAGGCUGUCUAUGUUCUAGAGUUUUCAGAGUCUCCCCAGAGCAGCACUGUCAUCAUCAUUGGAGCUGUGGUUGGUUUGGUGUUGGUGCUGCUGGUCGUCUUUGCGGUUCUUUUCUUCAGAAGCAGAAGAGCCAAAACCACCAAGGAUCAGAAAAAAGGAACAAACUUUCCAAAGACAACACAUCAAAAGAGUGAGCCAGAGACUGAGCCGGACAGUGACCUGACGUAUGCUGCCGUUAACCAUUCCAAAUCAAGGGCUUCUUCCAAGAUCACAAUAAAGGAGACAGAAGGCGAGGUGACCUAUUCUUCCAUUAAAAUGAAGUGACAGAAGCAGCAGACAGGAAUGUCCAAGGUCUCCUGUCAUGGUUCAACCUGCUACCUCCUCCUCCAACCACCAGAGGGAACUCUCACCUGAGUUUUGACCACCUCAUCCGCCUUCACUCAGGACUCUGAUCAUCCUCAGCUGUUUUCCAUCUGCUCAUCACCACCAUAGUAUUUAGUCUGACUUCUCACCACAGCUUGCUGCGAAGUCUUGUUUGCCCUGCAUCCAGUCUGAGCGUUUAUGCCUAUGUUUGAGUUUCUGUGUACUGACUCUUGCUUUUGUCCAGCUUCCAAUGGGGACGUGG